CCUCACGGAGCUGCGCCCGCGCGGUUCGAGCGCGGCCAUGGCGGAGCCGGGGAUGGAGCCGGAGCGGGGCCCGGAGGCGGUGACGGCCGAGGCGGUGCUGAGGGAGCUGCGGCUCUUCGAGCUGCGCUGCGAGGGCGAGGAAGUGCCCGACAAGCUGGUGGAGCUGUGCCUGAGCCACGGGCUGGGCCCGGUGGCCUUGGCCAACGAGCUGCUGGCCUUCGUCACCAGCAAAGACCUGGACCUGCAGCUCACCCCCGAGGGCCUGGACGCCUUCGAGCACGAGGUGCUGGCCAAGCGCGGCAGCCGCGGGCGGCGCGGGAGGGACGAGCGCCGGGGGCUCCUGCACGACAUCCACUCGCUCCAGGGGCUCCUCGAGGAGGAGCAGGAGGACGAGCUGCUGGACGCCUACACCACCCCAUCCAAGGGCUCCCACAAACGCAGCAAUUCCACACCUGAGACCCCCCGGGCCAAGCGGGCGCCCGCCUCCCGCAGCCCCUUCGCGCUCUUCUCCCCCGGCAGCUUCUCCCCAAGUGUCACCCCCUCCCAGAAGUACUCGGGCAGGGGGGGGCGGCAGGUCGCGGUCGCGCCGCACGGGGUUCCGGCCGCCGCGGCCUGGAGCGGCGGCGGCGGCGGCGGCGCCCUCCGAGCCUUUGGGGGCCCCGAGCAGAGCCUGAGCAAGCCCUACAAGUUCAUGUUCCAGAAGGUUCUGGACGUCAGGGAAGCUCUGGCCCAGCGCGUUGAGGAGCUCGGGGAGGUUCUGCGCAGGCACCACGGCCUGGACGGGUUCAGCUCCGCCGUGCUCCCGGCGCAGGAGCCGGUGACGGUGCUGGGGCAGAUCGGCUGCGAUGGGAACGGGAAGCUGAACCCCAAAUCCGUGCUGCUGGUGGGGGACAGGGAGCACUCGGGGGGGGCCCAGGUGCCCCUGGACCUCUCAGAGCUUCCAGAAUAUUCCCUGUUCCCAGGACAGGUGGUGGCCCUGGAAGGCACCAACAGCACGGGCAGGAGGAUGGUGGUGACCAAACUCUACGAGGGGGUCCCUCUGCCCUUCCACAGCCCCACGGAGCCCAUGGCAGAGCAGAGGCUGGUGCUGCUGGCCUGCGGCCCCUUCACGCCCUCGGACGGCGUCGCCUUCGAGCCCCUCGGGGACCUGCUGGCCGUGGUGGCGCGGGACCGACCCGACCUGUGCAUCCUGUUUGGGCCCUUCCUGGACGCCAAGCACGAGCAGGUGGAGAGCUGCCAGCUCCUGAGCCCCUUCUCGGACGUGUUCAGGCUCUGCCUCAGGACCAUCAUCGAGGGCACCAGGAGUUCUGGCUCCCAGCUGGUUUUGGUGCCCUCUCUCCGAGACGUCUCCCACCACUUCGUGUACCCUCAGCCGCCGUUCUCCUUCCCGGACCUGCCCAAGGAGGACAGAGCGCGCGUGCUCCUGGUGCCCGAGCCCUGCACCCUGGACAUCGACGGCGUCGUCCUCGGCCUCACCUCCACCGACCUCCUGUUGCACAUGGGGGCUGAGGAGAUCAGCAGCUCCUCCGGGCUCUCCGAUCGCUUCACUCGGAUCCUGCGGCACGUCCUGACCCAGCGCAGUUUCUACCCCCUGUACCCGCCCUCCGAGGAGCUCAACGUGGAUUUCGAGGCUCUGGGGGCGUUCGCGGCGCUGCCGGUGACCCCGGACGUGCUGGUGACGCCCUCGGAGCUGCGAUUCUUCAUCAAGGACGUGCUGGGCUGUGUCUGCAUCAACCCCGGCCGUUUGACCAAGGGCCAGGCCGGGGGCACCUACGGGCGGCUGCUGCUGCGGAGGGACGGACGUGGGGACAGAACCACGGACAGAACCACGGACAGAACCACGGACAGACCUGGGGACAUCGCCAGGGACAAUCCCGGGGCCGCCCCGCGGAGCAGCCCCUGCGUGGCCGCCCAGGUCGUGAGGAUUUGAGCUCCAGCUCUGCCCCUUCCCACCCAGGGCUGCAGGAACUGGGGCGAAACCCCUGGAAUUUGGGAAAAACCCCUGGAAUUUGGGAAAAACUCCUGGAAUUGGGGUGAAACCCCUGGAAUUUGGGAAAAACUCCUGGAAUUUGGGAAAAACCCCUGGAAUUGGGGAGAAACUCCUGGAAUUUUGACUCCUGGAAUUCUGGCUAAAACCCCCAAAUCGUUCUGCACAUGGAGGAUUUCCCCAGGAGAAUUCAGGAUUCGGGAAUUUGGGAAGGGGAAUCCGGGCGUGGGAUCCUCCCUGUCCCGGGCUCUCCCCUCGCCUUUGGUGGCCUCCUUAGGGGACGUGGAGGUCAAUUAAUCCAAACCCAAUUAAUUCAUUACGGAUUCCUGCUGCUGCUGCAGGUCUGGCUUUCACAAUUGCCCAAACUUUUUGCCCCAAAUUUAUGAUAAUGAAGGUGAAAAAUAAUUGAAGUUUCUGCCUGUCCUGGUGUCGUUUCCUAAGGUAAAUCCAAGGGGUGGAUUUUGGGGUAAAACCUGGGAAAAUCGGGGCUGGGGAGGGACAUUCUCCUUAUGAUUCCAGUGUGUGGCUGAGAUUUUCCCCAAAAUCUCCUUUUUCUCCCCAAAUAUCCCAGUUGGGAAGUGCUGAGGUCACCUCCCAGUUCCUCCUCUGCUCUUUGCCCAAUCCCAGCACUUCUCACCCCAAAUCAAAUACAAUUUUU